AGCAAUAUCGCCCGCAAUGCCGUCCCUCGAGUCCCCGCACAAAGAAGACCCGAGAUUGCUUCUGGUUUCCAACCGGCUUCCAAUCACCAUUAAGCGUUCAGACGAUGGCAAGUACGAUUCCUCGAUGUCGUCAGGCGGUCUCGUAAGCGGGCUAAGUGGUCUCUCAAAGACGACGAGAUUUCAAUGGUACGGUUGGCCUGGUCUAGAGGUACCGGAGGAUGAAAUUGAAAUAGUCACCAAGAGAUUGAAGGAUGAAUAUAAUGCGGUGCCUGUGUUCAUCGACGAUGAACUUGCUGAUAGGCAUUAUAAUGGAUUUUCAAACUCAAUCCUCUGGCCCCUCUUCCAUUAUCAUCCGGGAGAGAUAACCUUCGAUGAAUCUGCGUGGAAUGCUUACCGGGAUGCCAACCGCCUUUUCGCAAAAGCCAUUGCAAAAGACGUGAGGGAUGGUGAUUUAGUUUGGGUUCACGAUUACCAUUUAAUGCUCUUACCGUCAAUGUUGCGCGAAGAGAUCGGAGAGACCAAGUCCAACGUCAAGAUAGGCUUCUUUCUUCACACUCCAUUUCCCAGCAGCGAGAUAUAUCGUAUCUUACCGGUUCGAAAUGAGCUCCUUCUCGGUGUUCUCCAUUGUGAUCUGAUUGGAUUCCACACAUAUGACUACGCGCGACAUUUUCUGAGCAGUUGCUCUCGGAUAUUGGGUUUAUCUACUACGCCUAACGGUGUGGAGUUUCAGGGCAAGAUGGUUUCUGUUGGUGCAUUUCCGAUCGGCAUUGACCCUGAUAAGUUCUCCGAAGGGCUAAAGAAGGAAAAAGUGCAAAAACGAAUCGCUCAGUUGGAGCAGAAGUUCCAAGGUGUAAAGUUGAUGGUCGGAGUCGAUAGACUUGACUACAUCAAAGGAGUACCUCAAAAAUUACAUGCCCUGGAAGUAUUUUUGACGGACCAUCCCGAAUGGAUUGGCAAAGUCGUUCUUGUCCAAGUUGCGGUUCCGAGCAGACAAGACGUUGAAGAAUAUCAGAAUUUGAGAGCAGUGGUCAAUGAGCUUGUUGGGAGGAUUAACGGGAAGUUUGGCACAGUGGAGUUUAUGCCGAUUCAUUUCAUGCAUAAAUCUGUUAAUUUCGACGAGCUCAUUGCACUAUACGCGGUGUCAGAUGCUUGCAUCGUGUCGUCAACAAGAGAUGGUAUGAAUCUUGUGUCAUACGAAUAUAUCGCAACGCAGCACAAGCGUCAUGGUGUCCUUGUUCUUUCUGAAUUUGCAGGCGCCGCGCAAAGCCUCAACGGCAGCAUCAUUGUGAACCCCUGGAAUACUGAAGAGCUGGCAGCUGCUUACCAGGAAGCUGUCACCAUGAGCGAUGAGCAGAGGGCCCUUAACUACUCAAAGCUGGAGAAAUAUGUACACAAGUUUACUAGCGCAUUUUGGGGCCAGUCGUUUGUUUCCGAGUUGACUAGGAUAUCCGCCCAUGGAGAAAAGAAACUGCUCCUGAGACGUUCAUCAGUAGCACCCAAUGCUGCCGCCGAUGUCAUAAACAAUGAUAUCGACGGCCACUGACACUAUAUUUUCCAAAAGCCAUUAAGUCAAGGGGGCGCUUUUGAUAAAUUAAAACGAGGAUAUGGGGUUAAUACGGCGUUAUCUUCCUAUACUGGGGAUUUCCUUGCCCAUUCCUUCCCUUGGGCGAACUUAUGAGAAGCGAUUAGCAUGUAUGGAUGGCCGAGGAAGGGAAGCGGAUUAGUUUUAUGUCACAAUACAACCACACCAUGCGGUACAUCAUUGGAGUCUUUGGAGCUUUAGGGUUAGGCAUCUUUGUCCGAUUUUGUUUUGCUCAAUCCCUUCUCU